CGCCAUGAACUCGCUGCUCUUCGGGGAGAUGGCCCGCGCCUUCUCCCCCGCCGCCGCCGCCGCCGCCUCCUCCUGCCCGCUGGGCCCCGGCGGCGGCGGCCCCGCGGCGGCCGGGGGGGGCCCGCCGGUGACGGCGGCGCUGCGGAACGACCUGGGCUCCAACAUCCACCUGCUCAAGGGGCUGAACGUGCGGUUCCGCUGCUUCCUGGCCAAGGUGCACGAGCUGGAGCGGCGGAACCGGCUGCUGGAGAAGCAGCUGGCGGCCCAGCAGAGCGAGCGCGACCGCCGGCUGCGCUACAAGACCUUCUCCCGGGACCAGGCGGUGCAGACGGACGGCGGGACCCCGCCGCUGGUGCCGCCGCCGGGCCCCGGGCACGGGGCGCUGCCGUCGCCGCCGCACUACGGGCGCCUGCCCGGCACCAUCUGGAGCUACACCCAGGUGCGGCGCACCGGCGGCGGCGGCCUGGAGACCGUGCAGGGCCCCGGCGUGUCCUGGGUGCACCCGGACGGCGUCGGGGUGCAGAUCGACACCAUCACCCCCGAGAUCCGCGCCCUCUACAACGUGCUGGCCAAAGUCAAGCGGGAGCGCGACGAGUACAAGAGGAAAUGGGAAGAGGAGCUGACCAGAAGGAUGAGCCUGGAAUCCAUGGUGGAAACCCUGAGAGAGGAGGCCCAGGAAGCAGAAGCUCUCCAGGAGGAGCUGAAUGAGAAGAUUGAGAGGCUGAAGGCAGAGCUGGUGGUCUUUAAGGGUCUGAUGAGUGAUCCCAUGACAGACCUGGACACAAAGAUCCAAGAAAAGGCCAUGAAGGUGGACAUGGACAUCUGCCGCCGAAUCGAUAUCACGGCCAAGCUGUGCGAUGUCGCGCAGCAGCGCAACUCGGAAGACGUUUCCAAGAUUUUCCAGGUGGCUUCCAAGAAGAAGGAGCGGAAGCUGCCGUCGGACGAGGAGCUGUCGGAGCAGGACGCCGACAACGGGAGGUUCUCGGAUGACGAGGUCAGCUGCUCCCUCAACAUCACGGAUGAGAUGAAGAGGAUGUUCAACCAGCUCCGUGAGACGUUUGAUUUCGAUGACGACUGUGACAGUUUAACGUGGGAGGAGAACGAGGAAACGCUGCUGCUGUGGGAGGACUUCACCAACUGCAACCCCUCCAUUGACCUCCAAGGAGAGGAAGAAAACCUGGGAAACUUGAUCCACGAGACAGAGUCUUUCUUCAAAACGAGAGACAAGGAAUACCAGGAGACAAUAGGGCAGAUAGAGCUGGAACUGGCCACAGCCAAGAGCGACAUGAACCGGCACCUGCACGAGUACAUGGAGAUGUGCAGCAUGAAACGGGGCCUGGACGUGCAGAUGGAAACCUGCAGGAGGCUCAUCAAGGGCUCAGCUGACAGGAAUUCUCCAUCCCCCAGCUCCGUAGCCAGCAGUGACUCAGGAAACACAGAUGAAAUUCAGGAUGAUUUGGACAGAGAGACGGACGUGGAGCCCAUGGUCAGCUGAUAGCAAGUGGGAGCAUUCCAGUCAAGGGCAAGAUGGAGAGAGAAGAUUCCAAACCAAUUGCUGGGGGAAAGGUGAAAGACUUGAGAGCCCCUGCAGAGGGACUCUGAGGACUCACUCCUACACGCAUCCCCUCCCAGCCAAGGAUUGGUGCUGUACAUUUCUAUUGUUCUACAAACCAUAAAUGCAGAGUCCUGUAGGAAAACACGGUGUUUUAAUUGUGCCUUUGCCCCAAGCUGAGCCACUUUGAGCUCCAGUGGAAUAUUAAUAGCAGGUGUUUUUAUAAAAUAUAUUAUUUAAAAAAAUAAAAAACAACCAAAGCUGGUGGCAGCAGAGGAUGGUGCUGCAGAGGCUCUGGGUACUUCAAUAAGCUGCUGGUUUUACUGAGCUGCUGCACUGAUUGGCAAAAGCAACAUUGGCAAAAAGAGCAGCAAAACCAAGACAAUUGUGGUGCAAUUACCAAUGUGUGGCACAAGAAAAAAAAGAAUUGCCUCCAAAUUGAACGGCAAAUGUUUAAAAACAACAGUGGGUUUGGAGACAGCUCGCAGGGUGAAGCAGUUCUACAAAAUUCAGAGGGUUUUCUUCAUCCCACCUUUUGGGGUGAGGGAGCCUUUGGGAAGGUUUCUUCUGGACUCCAGGACCUGGAGGAGCAGGACUCAGCUCGGUGGCAAAGCAGGGGGGCACAGGAGGGGUCACUGGGGGGGGACUAUCACUGAGUAACUACUAUGCAAAAACAAAAAAAAAGCUCGCCUUAUUUAUAUGGAAUGUUUGGUCCCUGCUGGGCUACAGUUAUCCCUUGGGAAAAGGAAAGCUAAACCCACAUUUGCACACUUAGAUGUCUGUAGAGCUUUUUUUGAGGUGGAAUGUUGUAUCACAAUGCCUUUGUUUCCAGUGGUUGGGUUAGGAGGGGAGUCAGCCCUGGUUUGUGUCUUUUUUCAGGGCUUUUUUUUUUUUUUUUUAGUGUUUGCAGAUUUUUCUUUGCAGACAGAGAGAGAAUUCCAUUUUAUGCUGCCUCCAUGAUGUGUAGAGUGGGGUAGGUGAAGCAUCAGGAUAAACUGACCUAGGUGUAGGCUGGAGACAGGACUUUGGGAGAGCUCCAGACCACUCUUCUUGGGGAAAACCGAGCACUGGGAAAUGCUGUAAUCCUUUUUAGGGCAUAGUAAACUGAAUCCCAAAGUGCUGCUGCCCUGGAACUGGGGAGGAACAGCCAUGUGCUUUCUCUGUGAGAAAGUGGCAAGACCUUGGCUUUGCCCAUCUUUCUGUAUUUUUACCCAGGAGAAGCAGCAUCAAAGUCGGAUCAUACGGUGGUGGCUGAGGAAACUCCAGCCCCACCGAGCUCUUCGUGGUUAGAAUGGGAAUUGUAGCACCUCAGGCAGGUAAAAACAGGGUAUAAACCUCAGCCAAUAACUUUUUGUUUGUUUUUAAACCAAGAUUGAGAGCGUAGUUGAUACUGCCCAAAGCCAGCUGUGGGGUUAAGCAGUGGUUGGAACUCAGAGUAAAUACCAAAUGUGUUGGUUUUGCCUGCCAGGAAGUGCUGUGCAGGAGCAGUGCUAGGGCUGGACAGGGAAAAUCCUGAUUUCUGUACCCUCUUGGUGUUAUGGAAAGGCAAAGUGGCCAAUCCUGUGAGCUUCCUGAGUGGUGUUCCCAAGCCUCUGGAUCUCUGGAGUUGCACUGCAAGCAAGCAGCCAGUGCAGAUCCUGCUGCUCCGUUCCCUAGAGAGCACAGUCUCUUGGAAAAUGGCUCAUUCCUGGCUGGGAGCUCCUCAGUCUGGCAUGGCCACGGAGAGGGGCAGGGCCUCGGGGGGCUCCUGGUGGAACUGUGGGCACAGGAAUGUUUCCCCUCCUGUGCUGCUGCCUGGCUGUCAGCUCCAUCUCCUGCCUGGACACAGCAGCUUUGAGGCCACGUGGGUCACAGGAGCUCCCUGCCUUUCUCACGCUGGGGAGGAGGGAGCAGGCUGAUCCAUCAGCAUCCACAGCCUGCAGGGCACCAGCCACAGCUGAUGGCUUCUGUCCAAGCCCCUGGAUCCAAGGAUGUUCCUGUGGUGUCCUUACUGAUGGCAAUACUCAGUGCAGAGUAGGUGACAACUCCUUGGGUGCUGGGGUGAGGGGCUUUCCAAAGCCUGGUCUGUCCUGUAAAUAACUUUUCUCUGGAAGAGAAACCUCAUUCCAAAGUGCUCAUUCCUGUUAUUUCUUAGGUGGCCAAAGUGGUAAAUGUGAUGUUCACUAGG